UCGGCGACCUGCGAUUGGCCGGCUGGUUGGACUUCAUCGAUCUUGAUAUUCCUGAGGUUGUCUAUCAGUCAUGAUGGUCGCCGUCGAUGCGUAGCUGGAUCUCCCAUCGCUGUGGAACAUGGAAUUUCAUCUCACGAUAUCUUCCUUCCUACGCCCAUUCUCCGUGACCGUAUCCGGAUAGAGAACCCUACCACCCGCGCGGUGUGGAAUUACCGUACAAAAUGUUCAUCCUGACGACCCUCUCGGAUCUGAUUCAGAUCUCGCCAGAGGACUUUUCCAAAUAUAGUGCUGUUGCGCUGGAAGAUAAUAUCAAUGAGAAAUACGCGAACAAGGUCAUUCAGAAAAUCGGUCUAUGCAUUGGUUUUUAUGAUCUGUUGGAAUCUUCCGACGGCCUGAUCGGCCAUGGAACGGGCUUGGUGAAUGUUAACGUCAAGUUCCGUUUGAUCGUGUUUCGCCCGUUCAAGGGGGAGAUCAUGCUGGGGAAGAUCUCAAGCGGGACGGAGCAUGGGAUCAAGAUUGGUGUAGAGUUCUUCAACGACAUCCUCGUCCCACCUAACCUUCUCCUCGACGGCGCUCGAUUUGACUACGCCGACCAGGUUUGGAUCUGGGAAAACGAUGACGGGUCCACUUUCUACUUCGAUGUGGGAGAAGUCGUUCGACUGCGCGUCGAGAUGGAAGAGUGGCAUGAUCAGAUCCCCAAUGCCCCUGACCUCGGGGAUGCGGCCGCCGUUGAGCGGAAACCUCCUUAUUCCAUUAUUGGAUCGAUGCAAAUGGCUGGGCUGGGACCUAUCUCUUGGUGGUAGAUGUGGAUACUAGGAUUUAAAUAGAUAGCAUAUCGGUUUUAGCAAAUGAGAUUCUUAUUCUAUUU